CUCCCACUAUUAUCUGGCUCCGCUCCACUUGCAAUGCAGCUCGACUCGCGUCAAGUCUCCCCUGCUGUGUCUGCUAAAGCUGCCUGUGUCGCCCCCCAGAUGGAUUUCUUCAAACCGCGUCCCGCCUGACGCGGAUGCCCCUUCGGGUCCUCCACCAUCUCCUCCAUCAUCACCGUCAUCAUCUCCUCCCUCAGCCGAGGACUUUGCUUGCUUUCAUUUGCUUGUUGGUGCGGUGAGCCGGACGCUCAGUAUUUGUUGUUGUUGUUGUUGUUUUUGCCCCCCGGGUGUAAGGGAACAGUCGCCCCAACCUGGCCGAGUGAAAGAGAAAAAACGUACAUCUGGGAAAUACACCGAGAAUUCGAGCAGCAUGAAGAUGAGCUCCCAUCUGACAUCGAGGUGCAGGCUGCUCCUGCUGCUUUUCCACUGCGUGGGAGAUUCUCACGGGAUGCCACACGUCUUGAGAUUCGGCGGGAUAUUUGAGUCCAUGGAAAGUGGCCCAUCGGGUGCUGAAGAACUAGCCUUUAAAUUUGCUUUAAACACAAUCAACAGGAACCGAACUCUACUGCCAAACACCACUCUUACUUAUGACAUCCAAAGGAUAAACAUCUAUGAUAGCUUUGAGGCCUCCAGAAAAGCCUGUGACCAGCUUUCUCUCGGAGUGGCAGCUAUAUUUGGUCCUUCUCACAGUUCUUCAGCCAAUGCUGUCCAGUCCAUCUGUAAUGCAUUGGGGGUGCCUCACAUCCAGACCAAGUGGAAACACCAGGUUUCAGACAACAAAGACAUCUUCUAUGUCAGCUUGUAUCCAGACUUCUCAUCCUUGAGCAGAGCAAUCCUGGACUUGGUCCACUUCUUCAAGUGGAAGACGGUCACAGUUGUUUAUGAUGACAGCACUGGUCUAAUUCGAUUGCAAGAACUUAUAAAGGCCCCAUCACGGUACAACAUUCGAUUAAAGAUCCGGCAAUUUCCUGCACAGACCAAAGAUGCCAAACCACUGUUAAAAGAGAUGAAGAGAGGGAAGGAGUUUCACAUUAUCUUUGACUGUGGACAUGAAAUGGCUGCUGGGAUCUUAAAACAGGCUCUUGCUAUGGGGAUGAUGACAGAAUACUAUCACUAUAUAUUUACCACACUGGAUCUAUUUGCCCUUGAUCUGGAGCCAUACCGGUACAGUGGUGUAAACAUGACUGCCUUUAGAAUUCUCAACACUGAGAACAGCCAAGUGGCUUCCAUCAUAGAGAAGUGGUCCAUGGAACGACUGCAGGCUCCCCCUAAACCUGACUCUGGUCUUCUGGAUGGCUUCAUGACAACGGAUGCUGCACUAAUGUACGACGCGGUGCACGUGGUGGCCGUGGCUGUGCAGCAGUCUCAGCAGAUCACUGUCAGUUCCUUACAGUGUAACCGACAUAAGCCUUGGCGCUUUGGGAACCGCUUCAUGGCCCUCAUCAAAGAGGCCCACUGGGAUGGCCUGACUGGGAGAAUAACUUUCAACCAGACCAAUGGCUUGAGGACAGACUUCGACCUUGAUGUUAUCAGCUUGAAGGAGGAGGGGCUAGAGAAGACUGGGACCUGGGACCCUCCAAGUGGCCUUAACAUGACGGAUAACCAGAGAGGAAAGACAACUAACGUCUCUGAUUCCUUAUCCAACCGAUCCCUUGUCAUCUCAACUAUAUUGGAGGAGCCAUAUGUGAUGUUUAAGAAGUCUGAUAAGCCUCUGUAUGGGAAUAACCGCUUUGAGGGAUACUGCAUCGACCUGCUGAGAGAGCUCGCCAACAUCUUGGGCUUUACCUAUGAAAUCCGCUUAGUGGAAGAUGGAAAAUAUGGUGCCCAGGAAGAAAAUACAGGCCAGUGGAAUGGCAUGGUGAAGGAAUUAAUUGACCAUAGAGCCGAUCUGGCAGUGGCACCCCUUGUCAUCACAUACGUGCGUGAGAAGGUUAUUGACUUCUCCAAGCCCUUCAUGACAUUGGGUAUCAGUAUACUCUACCGCAAGCCAAAUGGGACCAACCCAGGGGUCUUCUCCUUCCUCAACCCCCUUUCACCUGAUAUCUGGAUGUAUAUUCUGCUGGCUUACUUGGGUGUCAGUUGUGUGCUGUUUGUCAUAGCCAGGUUUAGUCCCGACGAGUGGUAUAAUCCCCACCCUUGCAACCCUGACUCGGAUGUAGUGGAAAACAAUUUCACCCUGCUAAAUAGUUUCUGGUUCGGAGUUGGAGCUCUCAUGCAGCAAGGAUCUGAGCUCAUGCCGAAAGCCCUCUCCACCAGAAUUGUAGGAGGAAUCUGGUGGUUUUUUACUCUCAUCAUCAUUUCCUCCUACACGGCAAACCUUGCAGCCUUCCUCACUGUGGAAAGGAUGGAGUCCCCUGUUGACUCUGCUGAUGAACUGGCCAAGCAGACCAAGAUAGAAUAUGGAUUGGUAGAGGAUGGUGCGACUAUGACUUUCUUCAAGAAAACCAAGAUCUCCACUUAUGAUAAAAUGUGGGAAUUCAUGAGCAGUAGGCGGCAUUCUGUGAUGGUAAAGAAUGUUGAAGAAGGCAUUCACAGAGUACUCACCUCAGAUUAUGCUUUCCUCAUGGAGUCGACGAGCAUUGAAUUUGCCAUACAGCGCAACUGCAACCUCACCCAGAUUGGAAGCCUUAUUGACUCACAAGCCUAUGGGAUUGGCACUCCAAUGGGCUCUCCAUACAGGGACAAGAUCACUAUUGCCAUCCUGCAGCUUCAGGAGGAAGGCAAGCUGCACAUGAUGAAGGAGAAGUGGUGGCGAGGAAAUGGCUGCCCAGAAGAGGAAAGUAAGGAGGCUAGCGCCCUUGGGGUUCAAAACAUUGGCGGAAUCUUCAUUGUUUUAGCUGCCGGACUUGUCCUCUCCGUGUUUGUGGCAGUGGGAGAGUUUCUCUACAAGUCCAAACAAAAUGCUGAACUUGAAAAGAGGUCCUUCUGCAGUGUCAUGGUGGACGAACUGAGGGUGUCACUGAAGUGCCAGCGCAGGCUCAAACACAAGCCUCAGCCACUCGUCAUGGCAAAAACGGAGGCGGUUAUCAACAUGCACACCUUCAACGACCGCAGACUGCCAGGGAAAGAGACCAUGACAUGAAAUGGGAAUCACUUUCUCACACUCAGCUCUGCAAUGAGGAUGCAUGUAGAGACACUUGGCAGAAAUGUGGGGGAAAUUGGU